AUGACUCCUCUUCUUUACGCAGCAUUAAAAAAUAACACUGAUCUAGCAGAAUUUCUAAUUACUCAUGGUGCUAACGUCAACAAGCAUGGUGAAACAAAUAAAAUCGCACUUCAUUAUGCUAUCCAACGUGGUAAUCUCAAGCUGGCUGAACUUCUCAUUUCGAAUGGAUCCAGAAUCCAUCUUAAAGAUGAAAAAAACCGAACUUUACUUCAUAAAGCAUCAGAAAUUGGUAAUAGUAAACUCGUUGGACUCCUACUUGAACAUGAUCCUGAUAUAAAUGCAAGGGAAUAUGAAAGAAAAACUGCGCUUCAUCUUGCAACUUUGCCUAGAUGUAUUGAUGCUGCCAAACUUCUUAUUUCGCAUGGUAUAAAAUUGGAUGCAAGAGACCUUUUUAUGAAAACUGCCCUUCAUUACGCAGUUGAUAAUGAUAAUAAAGAUUUGGUUGAAACCUUGAUUUCCCAUGGUGCCAAUAUAAAUGCAAUUGAUGGAUAUGGGGAAACUGCACUUAAUUAUGUUGCAAAGAGUAAUAAUUUUGACAUCGCGCAAUAUCUUGUUUCACAAGGUGCAAAUGUCAAUAUGCGUGCUGAAAACAAGUGCACUGCUCUUCAUGAUGCAGCUCUGAACGGUAGCACUAAAAUUGCAAUUUUACUAAUUGAGCAUGGUGCAAAUAUCAAUGUAACAGAUUAUGAUGAUCAAACUGCUCUUCAUUAUACAGCAUAUAACCGAAAGAAUGAAUUAAUGAAUUAUCUUAUCGAGCAUGGUGCCGAUGUCAAUGCUAGAGAUGUAAAAGGGAGAACAUAUCUUGAUAUAAUGAUAACUAAUUAA